UUGGUUACGUCACUUCCGUGUAUGAUAUGGUAAUAUGUGUAGGAUUCAGUUUGCCGCCGGCACUUCUCUGGUUUCUUUCAAGCAACAGUGCUGUUUUUCUCGAGGAGGAGGAGGAGGUCUCCAUAAAGAAAUACACUUUGAGUAAACAGCAAUGAAGACCCUGGUGGUGCUGGACUUUGACCAUACGGUGAUAGAUGACAACAGCGACACGUGGGUCAUCAAGUGUACGCCUGAGCAGGCUUUACCAUACGGGCUACAAAACACAUAUGAAAAAGGAAAAUGGACGGAAUACAUGGGGAGAAUCUUUUCAUACAUAGGAGACCUGGGGAUCAAAGAAGGCGCAAUUAGGAGCGUAAUGGAAACGGUACCUUAUACAGAUGGAAUGAUUGAGCUCUUGCGUUUCAUCAGUGAAAACAAAGAAACACUUGACUGCAUCAUCAUUUCAGACGCCAAUACUCUUUUUAUUGAAUGGAUUUUGCAUGCUGCCGAUAUGCAUUGUGCUAUAGACAAAAUUUUUACCAAUCCUGCGUAUUUUGAUGAUAGAGGUUACCUUACUGUUAGGUGCUUUCAUUCACACACCUGCACACAAUGCCCUGUUAACCUCUGCAAAAGGAAAGUCUUACAAAGCUUUAUUGAGAGGCAGUUAACAGACGGUGUAAAAUACCAGCGGGUUAUUUAUGUUGGGGAUGGUAGAAAUGAUUUUUGUCCCACUAAUUGUCUAAAACAGUGUGAUGUUGUUAUGCCCAGAAAGGGGUUUGCACUGGAUAAAAUCAUUUCAGAGGUAAAUUUUAAAAAGUGUGAACACCUUAACCCACGGGUUGUGCCAUGGACGUCAGGUGCAGAUAUUAUCCAUGUUAUUAACUCACAGUAGCAAAGUGCACUUUUAUCAAAUGGAGAAUAUUUAUUCAACUACAUAUUACCACUUAUUUUAUGGGAAAAAAAAAAAUCCAUCUAAUUAAAUGUAUUCGACCACUGUUUGCCACUUCAUCAACUGUACUUAUCCGAAAGUAAAUUCAGUACAUUCAAUUUAAUAUCAAGUGACCUGAAAAGAACACAUUUUUGCAGAUGUUGCUGUAUUUCACUUGAAGGUUGUAUGUGACAAACUGUUUUAAGUAUACGUAUUUCUAACAGUUCUCCAGUUUAGUAAUCUUACUGGUCUACUAGUUGCAUAAAUCAUGCUUAUUUAAAUAGUGUAUAACUUUAUUAUUUAUAAGAAGCGGCCAUUUUGGUGCUGUAUGUUUUCAGUAUGUCUUUGUGUAAGAUUUUUUUUUUUUUGAUCAGGUAGCUGUCUGAUUUAUACUUAUUAGACAGUUAUAGAUUGACAGAUGGCCCCCUAAUUAUUUACUAUUUCUGGAAUAAGGCUGGAGAACCAAUAUAGCUAGGACAUUCAUGUUGGUUAAAGAGCUGCUGAACACUGAUUAUGGCGUUGAAGUUGUGUCUUUUGAAGCCACUAUAGUGAGACUAAGAUUCAUCAGUGAGGUGACUCAGUAACAAAUUUGGUGCUAACUACAUUUUCUAAUGGCCUAUAAAUGGUUAAUAUUAGGCAAACCACUUUUUUUUUAUUUGAAACUUAACUGAAAUAUGUUGGUUAGGAAUUGAAGUGUAUUUCUGAUGGAAAAAUCAUGAACUUAAACAACUAUUAUUUUUUAACCAAAUAAGUCGUGUGAAUUGAAGUGGUUAAAAUAAUGUAAUAUUGUGUGUUCCACAAGUUUUUAAAUACAACUAAACAUUACCAAAAGAAGAAGCAUACGCUGCAGUUUUCUCUUCUGUAAGAUAUGCUCACCAAAUGUACUGCAUUGA